AUGAUAUUUAAUACGAGCCCGUGGUCUCUUAAUUGCUCUCCAGAACAUCUGAAUCCUCCGGCAGUCAAUUCUAUUCAGCAUGUACGCGUCGGUAAAUUUCCGUUUUCUCGGUUAUAUUUUGUAACGAACAAAUCACGUUCGUCGACGUUGUGACACUUGGUGUUGCCAUUCGACGAUGAAAAAUGAAAUUCAAUGCAUCUUUACACUAAUACGUUAUGAUGGGGAAAUUUUUCAUUAUCAAGGAUUUUUUAUUUUUUUAACAAAGUAUGAUGAUGAUUUGCGUGGUACAUGAAAAUUCUAUUUUAGCUUUUUUUAAAAUCAUUUGCUCAAUUUGAUUGGAGCCAGUAUGGCAACGUGUUAUCGCGAUCAACGAAAAUUGGGCCAAGUGAUCGAUCAAAUGAAAAUACUAGCCAACAACAUGGACGAGCUGCGCGCCGAGAUCGACGUAUUCAGAAACAGUUAUUUGAAAAGUGAGGAGAAUCAUUCGUGCGCGGGUGUUUUUAAAAGAAACAGCAGCAGCGAAACUAAUGUUUUGAGUAAAUUAAAAAGAUAUAUGAGGAAAGUAACGAGCAUAUACUCGUUGAGAAAAGGACAAAAGUAUGGCAAAGAUCAAGAGACUUAUUAUUCUUGUACGAAUAUGGAUCCUCGAUUGCCUUCGUUUUUAAGUUACAUCUUUCGUACUCGAAAGAAAGGAAAUCUAUUAGAAAUACCAACGAGGAUUAAAUAUCUUAAAAGUCGGGGCAUUCAAACGAACGGGAGGCUCGAAAGUCGUCAACGUAUCGCAAACUCGCCAGCAAUCAUACCGAUUGAAAACGUAGAUGACAUUAACGAUGAUGGAUUUCUAUUUGCAGAACAUGAAAAUGAACGAUACAACGAAAUAAUAUUUCCAAAGAAAUAUGCAACUCUUGUCCCACAUUGUUCCGAAAUAAGUUGCGAAUUAGAUUUCCAAAUAGGAAAUCCAAUGACCUCGCCAUUCGAGUCCAACGUGAAUGUCUUUUCGGAUUCGUAUUGUUUUGAAAAUUAUCCAGACAAUACGAGAAUAAUUCUAUCAGACAGUAAUGACAAACAAUCCGCAACAAGACACACACAAACGAAAACAGUAAAGCUGAGACGAAAGUCCAAGCACUUGAAUUUUCAUCAUGAACAAUCGAACAAUCUUUGCUUUUCUAAAAUAAAGAACGCUGUGAUAACGAAAAAGAUUGUAAGAAAUUCGAACGAGCACACGUUCACGGUAUGUGGAGGAGUCGAUGAUGUGAAAGAUCAUCCACGUUUGAAGAGAAGUCGUUGCAAACAAUGCUCGUGCGGGAAGAGAAGAAACAAUUCUACUCAGUGGAAUGAUCAAAAGGAUGAAGAAAAUCUUUCCACGGAGCCUGCAACAAAAUCAGAUUUAUCAUCUUCGUUACUUUCUUUGGAUAUCGAUAUCUCUAAUAGUUCCAACAACGUCGAGGAUUUUCCAGAACGUAGAAAACCAAGAACCUACGUGAUACGUCGAGCAACACAGAAAUGUAAUCAAAAUAAUUGCUCGGGUAAUUUUGAGAAGAGCGUCAUUUGCUUAGGGCAAACUUCCGACUUGAUCCUCUCUUCAUGUAGUUUUUCUAAUCGUAAUAUCCAUUUCAAUUAA